CUUUCUCCAGAGAGUGGGAACGGGACCAUGCCUUUGCCUUGGUCACUUGUUCUCUUGCUACUGGUGCUGCCAGCUCUGGGGGCUGUGGUGAUACAAGGCAAGACUGAGCAGCCUGAGGAAGGCAGCACCCCUCAUGUCCAGGGCGCAGAUGGAGGAAGGACUCUGCCGACGAUUGCCCAGGACAGAACAGAGGUCCGUUUGACAAAAGAAAGGCUGCGCCGGGGAACAGAGAAGGACUCCAGGUCAGUUCAGCAGUAUGUGCCGGGGGUACAGGUGGAGUUCCCACAGCCUGUCAAUCUUGCCAGCCUGCAUCCCACCAAGACUCUGGUGCCAUCCAGCACAGACCCAUCUGAGCAGCAAGGAGGGGUCCCCACAGAUGGAGAAGGAGCACAGCCCCGAGCCAACUUCACCACAGUUUCUGACAAGCGGAUGCAAAUCCAAAACCCCUUGUACCCGGUGACAGAGAACUCCUACAGCGCCUAUGCUGUGAUGUUCCUGUCCCUCAUUGUCUUUGCAGUGGGGAUCAUUGGAAACCUGUCUGUCAUGUGCAUUGUGUGGCACAAUUACUACAUGAAGAGUGCGUGGAACUCCAUCUUGGCCAGCCUAGCUUUCUGGGACUUCCUUAUCCUCUUCUUCUGCCUACCUGUGGUCAUCUUCAAUGAGAUCACCAAAAAGAGACUGCUGGGGGAUGUGUCCUGUCGCAUCGUGCCCUUCAUGGAGGUGUCAUCACUGGGGGUCACUACAUUCAGCCUCUGCGCGCUGGGCAUUGACAGGUUCCACGCAGCCACAAGCCCCCAGGCCAAUGCCCGGCCCAUCGAGCAGUGCCAUUCCAUUAUCGCCAAGCUGGCUGUCAUUUGGGUGGGCUCUAUGACGCUGUCAGUGCCAGAGAUCCUGCUGUGGCAGCUGGCACAGGACACAUCGCCUGUGUCCGGCAUGGUGAUGGAGUAUUGCACCAUGAAGCCUUCAUCCCACCUGCCUGAGUCCGUCUACUCCCUGGUGCUCACCUACCAAAAUGCUCGGAUGUGGUGGUACUUUGGAUGCUACUUCUGCUUGCCCAUCCUCUUUACUGUCAGCUGCCAGCUGGUGACUCGAAGGAUCAGCGGCACCGAGAAGAAGACUGAGUGCCGGGGGGCCAAACACAACCAGUGUGAGAGUCACUUGAACUGCACCAUUAUUGGGUUGACCAUCAUCUAUGGUCUCUGCACCACCCCUGAGAAUGUCUGCAACAUCGUGGUGGCCUACAUGUCCUCUGACAUGUCCAGACAGACCUUAGACCUGCUCAGUCUCAUCAACCAGUUCUUCUUGUUCUUCAAGUGCUCUGUGACACCUGUCCUGCUUCUCUGUCUCUGCAGACCCCUGGGGCAGGCUUUCAUGGACUGCUGCUGCUGUUGCUGUGAGGGAUGCAGCCCUGACACCACCUCCAGUGAGGGCAGUGCUGACAGCAAGCUCAAAACAGAGAUGUCUUCCUCCAUCUUCUUUGAUAAGCCCCGGGAGUCUCCUUCACCUCUCCUGGCCCUUGGCACACCUUGCUAAGUGUGUACCAGGGAGCUGUAGAGAUCAUUUUGCCACCUUCUCCCAAGACCAAAUGUUUUGCUGUUAGUGCCUGUGUCUGGACGUGGAGCAUUGCAGAAGAGACAGCUCAGGGGCUGCACCAUGGGCUUCAAACCCCACAAUGGGCAAGGGGUUUCCAGUCCACAUGGUUACAUAGGCGAUUUUCUUGCCUCUGCCAAAAGACCACCAAGGACACCAGCAUCCUCCCGUCCAGGCUCCCUGGUCCGGCUGAGAGAGGUCGCUGCCCUGGGAACAGAAAUGUGCUGGAAAGGUCCCAUCUGACAGCAAGGAGGGUUUCCAUGGUGACUUGCAGAGGACAUAGCAAAUAUAACUUGCCCUCAUCCUGUUCCAUCCCCUCCUGCCAGCCCCUUCCACAGUAGAAGGCCCCAGUGACUAUGUCCCAUCAGAUCCAAGCUGUGCCCUGUA